AUGACAUCACUGUGUAUUGAAGCUGAAAUAGCCACAGAGCAUGAGGAGGUUGGGCAGCAAGACAGGGAGAAAGGAGAGACUGGAAAUACUCUCACAUUUAGAUUUGAAGUUGAGAAGAUCUACAGACCUGAAACCCUUUUCUUGUGUCUUGUGGUUCUUCGCUGUGCACAGGGACUCCGUAAACUGACAGCAUCUUCAGUGGCACUGUUCCUUGCAGUGUCCUUCAUAUCUUUCUCCUGGAGUGCUCCUCAGGCUCAUUUCCAAAGGAGAAACUGGACUCCCCAGGCUAUGCUGUAUUUGAAGGGUUCACAGGGACGGCGAUUCAUCUCAGAUGAAAGCCAGCAAAAGGAUCUGUAUGACAGAAUGCAGCUUGAAACACGCAGCCAAAACGCAAAUCCUUUAUCUCGUUCUGAAGCUGCAGCACUGUUCCUUAGUUCCUUACAGAAAGCCCAAGAACCAGUUGAAGAAGAAAAUGGUGAUCACCCUGGCUACUUGACGGAUAAUUUAUCAAAUUGGUGA